UUCCCACCCGGCGACCGUGUCUUCUCCUUCUCAUCCCGACGCACGCUGCCCUCUGCUCUUCUUCUACUACUGCUACUUAACCCUCGCACACAAUCGCCAUCCCCGACCUUCAGAUUACCAACCUUGCAGUUGCAGUAUAUAAGAAAGUUUGUGACGACCAUACCAACCAACCCAACCAAACUCGUACCCGCAAGCGCGUCGACGAGCCGGCGAGGAAGCCAGCUCGCGAAUCAUUCAUCCAUGGCUUGAUUGUCCGCUCCUCCUCAUAUAACAAGACGAUCGAAAGCAAUCCAAGCUUCACGUACGUUCGUUCACCAGAAUCCCGCCAACAACCGACCGACCGAUCCAUCCAUCUCGAGCUGCUGCUGCUGCUGCUGUUACGUGGGAUCGAGCAACGACCGAUGGUUGCGCAGAAGCUGGCGGCCUCGUGGCUGCCGGUGGACUUCCGGCUCCCCGCGGUGCCGCAGGCCUCGCUGGGGAUCCUGGCCUUCGAGGCGGCGGCGGCCAUGUCCAGGCUGCUCUCGCUGCACCGCUCGCUCUCGGAGCAGGAGGUCUCCCGGCUGCGCUCCGACGCCAUGCGCUCCUCGGGCGUGUCCUACCUCAACUCCACCGACCAGGCCUUCCUCCUCCGCCUCGCCUGCGCCGAGCUGGUCCUGUCGCUCGACGCCGCCGCCGCCGCCGUGGCGCGGCUCGGCCUGCGCUGCGGGAUCGACUUCGGGGGCGUCUACGCCAGCCUCAAGGCCGGCGCGCACGACGCGCGCAUCGACCCGCUCGUCGCCAAGGGGCUCAAGGUCAAGGCCAAGAAGAUGGAGCGCCUCGUGGCGGCCACCUCCAGGCUCUGCUCCGAGAUGGAGGCGCUCGGCGAGCUGGAGGCCGACGAGCGCAAGCUCACCUCCCGCGGCUGGAUCCGCCACAGCGGGCCCAUCCCGGCCAAGCUCACCACCGACCCGCCCACGCACCUCUUGACCGGUGGAGGAGGAGGCGACACGUUCGGCGCCGACUCGCUGCGCCAGGAGAUCAAGACGCAGCUGAUCAAGGUGCGGCGCCUCAAGGAGGAGUCGCUGUGGAGCAAGAGCUACGAGAAGGCCGUCGGCCUCAUGGCGCGCGCCGCCUGCGCCGUGUUCGUCCGCAUCUGCACCGUCUUCGGGCACUACGUGCCCGGCCUGCCCCCGCCGAUGCCGUGCACCGCCGGCGACAGCGUCCAGGCCAGGCUGUCAAAGCUGCUGAGCCCGCGGGCGGGGAAGGCGAGGGCGUCGUCGGGCCCGAUCACGCGGCGGGAGCGGGAGCUCGGGGCGCAGCAGGCCCGAGUCUACCCGCCGAUGCAGCAGCACCUAAGCAACUCGUGCCCGAUCAUCGGGCUGAGGCCGCUGUCGGGGCACAAGCCCGGCGUGGACUGGCGCAAGCUGCUGGACGCGCCGCCCAGCACCCUCGGCGGCGCGGGGCUGGAGCAGCAGUACGCGAACGUGAUCGUGUCCGCGGAGGAGCUGCUGCAGAUGGAGGCCGAGGGGCGGCAGGAGGAGGCCAACGCGGAGCGGGCCGAGAUGUACGAGAUGCUGCCCGGGAAGCUCCGGGCGGCGGUGCGGUCCAAGCUGCGCGACUGGUGGCGGGACCCGGGCCCGCUCGACGCCGGGCUGGCGGACGGGUGGAAGGAGGCGGUGGCGCGGAUCAUGGCGUGGCUCGGCCCCAUGGCGCACCACACGGUGCAGUGGCAGGCGGAGCGGACCAUGGACCGGACGCGGCGCUUCGACGGCGGGACGCGCGUCUACGCGCUGCAGACGCUGCGCUGGGCGGACAAGGAGAAGGCGGAGGCGGCCAUCGUCGAGGUGCUCGUCGCGCUCAGCUGCAUCUGCUGGUACGAGGAGCGGCGGCGCGGCUCCGUCAGGCACACGUCCGUCCGUUGAAACGUUCAACGGCGAUCAUG